CUCACAAGUGCCAAGCAGUGCCACCCACCUGUGCCCAUCAUGCCACCCACCAGUGUCCAGCAGUGCCCUCCAUCAGUGCUGCCCAGCAGUGCCACCCAUCAGUGCCCAGCAGCGCCACCAGUCAGUGCCAUCAGUCUGUGCCACCCAGCAGUGCCCAUCAUUGCUGCCCAUCAGCGUCGCCUAUUAUGCCAGCUCAUCAGUGCCGCCUAUCACUGCUGCCUAUCAGUGCCGCCUAUCCAUGCCACCUCAUCAGUGCCGCCUAUCCUUGCCACCUCAUCAGUGCUGCCUAUCAGUGCCCAUCAGUCCUGCCUAUCA